CAAAAAUCAUGUGAUGUACUGUAUUUUCAGUUUCUACUUCUUCAACAUUUACUAGAUCGUCAGUUAAUGAGGAACUAAAACGGCAUGGCUUUUCGUGGAUUUCAAAGAAUAUUUGUAACUUUGUUAUGUCUGUUUAGUAUCCACCUAUCCGUGGGUAAGGAAGGGGAGCUUGUAAUGGUUAAUUUGGUUUAUCGCCAUGGAGAUAGGUCUCCUAUUGUAGUUUUCCCAACAGAUUCACACAAAGAAGAUGUCUGGCCAAAUGGACUAGGAUGGCUUUCAAAGGAGGGAAUGAAACAACAUUACCAGCUCGGUCAGUGGUUCAAAAAUCGGUAUAUGACAGAAAAAGCUCUCUUGAAUGAAUCUUAUAAACACAAUGAGAUUGAGAUAGCGAGUUCCAAUGAGGAUCGGUGUUUGAUGUCUGCCUACAGUAACCUGGCCGGAUUCUAUCCCCCAUCUGACCAGGAGAAGUUUGACCCCUCCCUCUCAUGGCAGCCCAUUCCUGUCCACACACGGCCAGAGAAAGAAGACAAUGUAAUUAAUAUGGGAAUGUUUUGUUCACGGUACAAUGACUUGUACGAAGAGACGAUGUCGUCUAAAGAAGUACAGGCCGAGGAAGAUCAGAAUAAGGCGUUUUAUGAGCUGAUACAGAAUGAAACGGGGUAUCCACAAGUCAACAUCCGAAAUGUGUGGAAACCAGCAGAUACACUGUUCUGUGAGAAAGCGCAUAAUAUGACCUUAGAUCCCUGGGCCUUGCAGAAAUUUGAAAAUUCUACAGUGUAUGAUAAACUCAGGCAACUAGAGGCUUGGCAGUUCCACUUACUGUACUAUAGCAAAGAGAUGGCCAAAUUAAAGGGAGGACCCUUAUUGCAAGAAAUGAGAGAUAACAUGGUCAAUGUUUCUUCUGGGAAGAACUACACAGGACCAAGGCUUUAUAUGUUCUCUGGGCAUGAUACAACUGUGGCAGCUUUACUGAGUGCUCUAGGUCUGUAUAAGAACAUCACCACCAGUCCUGUGUACGCCGCGUCCGUGAUGUUAGAACUGUAUAAGACAGCCACCUACCACUAUGUGGAGAUACAUUACAAAGACAACCAUUCAAAGGACUCUAAUGCCUCUAGGAUUCUUAAACUUGAAGGAUGUGAUGAGCGCUGUGAGCUGGGUAAAUUUCUGACACUGACAGCAGCUGCAGUACCAAAGGACUGGAGGAGAGAAUGUGAGAGCCAUCAUCACUCAAAAAAAUCCAGCAUCCACUUAACUACAUCGGAGAUAAUUUCCAUAGUUUUGGCAGUCGUCCUGAUUGUGACAUUAGUGUGUCUUAUAUUGACCUGUGUGAAACUGAGACGAUCCUCUGAGGGGGGAUACAAGAGUUUUGUUAACCCUGAUAUAUAAGGUCAUCUUUAUGUCAUCUGAGUAUGAAAAAGCCUCUCCAACCCUAAUACAAAAAAAAAAUUGUAACACUGACAACGUGAAAAGUUUUUUUUGUUAUAGAAUUUUUUUUCAACACUGUAUUUGAAAUCUUGA